GUCCCUCCCGGCUCUCGCGGGAGCACGGCGGCUGUGGCGUCAUGCGCAGGACGGUGGGAUCCUGUCAGAGGAGAGAAGGGGUCCGGACUGGAACCGCAGAGUUGAAUCUGAUAAAAAAAAACAACAAUAAUAAUAUCGGGAAGCAAGCGAAUCAAACCGAACAGCGAUUCAAUAGCACUGUUAUUUAAUAUUACCUUCGUUUAAAAAAAAAUAUAUUGAAAAUAAACCAAUAAUGGCUCUGAAAAGGAUCCAAAAGGAAUUGACAGAUCUACAGAGAGACCCUCCAGCACAGUGCUCAGCAGGGCCAGUGGGGGAUGAUUUAUUUCACUGGCAGGCGACAAUCAUGGGGCCGAACGACAGUCCUUAUCAAGGCGGGGUUUUCUUUCUGACUAUUCACUUUCCUACAGAUUACCCUUUCAAACCGCCAAAGGUGGCGUUCACGACGAAGAUCUACCACCCCAAUAUAAACAGCAACGGUAGCAUCUGCCUCGAUAUCCUGAGGUCGCAGUGGUCUCCAGCACUCACGGUAUCAAAAGUUCUAUUGUCCAUCUGCUCGCUGCUUUGUGACCCCAACCCGGAUGAUCCACUGGUCCCAGAGAUCGCACACACCUACAAAGCUGACAGGGAAAAAUAUAACAGACUAGCCAGAGAAUGGACACAAAAGUAUGCAAUGUGAAAAAAAAUGAGCAUUUUACAAACACACACACUCACACUCGCACGCACACACACACACAACAUAACAAAAUAAUUAAACUCCUGUGUAAAUACAAUCCAAUCUGACUGCCUUUCGUUUACCUGGUGCCAUGUGCCAUUUGCAAUGACUUUUGUACUGCGGGGAGAAGAUCACACAAAACACAACCUUAGGAGAUGAAGACACUCCGGACUACAAACCCAGAAACACGACUGUGUCUUUUAAUAUUAUUAUUAUUAUUAUUAUUAUUAUUAUUAUUAUUAUUGUUAUACUGUUUACUUUGAAGUGUUGAAUGCUAAAUGCCUGGGCUAGGAGUUGGCCUUGAAAGUUGCCUCACUCCAAUUGAAAUGGUACGUUCUUGAACCCUUGGAAAUGCAGACAGGGGUAUUACAGUAUAUGCUGUUACUGGAGGCUAGAGCUAUUAGUGCUGUGGCAGGCAAGCCUCCUUUUAUUUGAGCCACAAACGGAGCUUGCUUGUCCCAGUUAAUAGGAAGAUUUGGGUUCCAGUGAAAUGUAUUCAAACUCCGCAUUCAUGUCUUUCUCUGCUGCCAUCAGAAAAAAGCAUAUUUAUUUAUUUAUUUAUUUGGUUUUUUCUUUUUUUUUUUUGUACUGCAAACAGAUUCUUUUUAUUAUUAUUCAGGGAUUCUCUGCUUUUUUUAAAAAAUAUUUUAUCACAGCUAUAUACUGUAUGCAUACCGCAGCAUAUAUUGUACCUCCAAACCCUAGAAAGAUGUAAUAACCAGCGCUUUAAAAAAAAAAAAAAAAAAACGUUUCAUACCUCUCAUUGGCGAAACUACUUUCAAACAAGACAUUUCUGAAUUAUUAUUUUUUUCCCCCCCACACUUUUACUGGGGCGUUCAUUACUCCAGUUUUUAAACCGAUACUGUCUCCUCAGUACCUGCUGCACAGGGAGUGAAUUUGGACAGUAAAGAGGUGUCAAAGUGAACAUAAAGUUUGGGGGAAACAAUACAAAUAAGGUAAGUGUGAGAAUGUAGGCAAAUGAGGGAAGAAAUGAUUUUUUUUUUUUUUUUUUUUUUUUUUUUUUUUUUUUUUUUUUUUUUAAGUGCUUGGUUAGCAAACUUGUUUUGUUGAAUCUGAGGUAUUGCAUUUCCUGCUCUCUGUGCUCCUUCAGAACCUCGAUAACCAGCCCGGGGGGUGUCAUUCGUCCACAGCAGUGGUUCUGCUUGAAAGAGUAACACUCUUGUUCCAGGUACUGCGGUGAGCUUCACAACGUGCUGAAGUUCCUGAUCCGUGUCGCACGGAUGUGUCCGUUGCUGCUGGCAUGCUCGCAGCUUUUAUGAGUUCAUCUGACCUGCUGUGUUUCGAGGAAUCCUUGCAAAGGGUUUGAACAGAGGUUAGGAAGCUCUGUGUCGUUAGACAGUUAUAACCACAUGGAGUAUCUUAACAGGUGAAGAUGUAACAUCUGAAACAUUGGGAGCAUUCAAAAAGCAAUUAGACUCCAAAGCAGAUCCCUUUAGUAGGGGCCAAAUGGUGUGCUAUUAAGUUUUGAGUCAUUGCUCCAUUCCUUCACCACAAUCUUUGCAAAGGAUUCUUGAAAGCAUGGUGGGCUGUGCCAUGAGAAAUUGGAACACAGCUUUGAGAGCAUUCUAAAAAUUCUAAAGACGUGCAAUGGUUCGGUUAGUCUUUGUUUUGGGCAGGGUUUGGAGUUCUUGAAGGAACAGCAUUGAGAAACACAAUCAGGGUUUUUUGUACCAGGCUGUCCCUGAAGGCACGUGCGAGUGCAUGUUUGUUUGUUUGUUUGUUUGUUUGUUUUCUGCCAGGUGCCGGUGCUGCAUUUGAAAGCUCGGUUGAUAUCCAGCGAUGGAAGACGCUCGACGCAGACGCUGCUCCCACCCCGUUUACACUUUGAUCAUGUCAUUGUCAGGAUGCGCUCCCCCAGCGAGGACCUGCAAGAGGAAUUUAGCAGAAAGAAUCUAGAAUGUGACAACACUAAAUAAAUAAAUACAUCUCCUUUUGUUUUAUAAGUACAUUGAACAUUAUUUUCCAGCGUGAUAGGAUUGGGGUGGUAUUUAAUGCUUCAAAGCAACGCGUUGGGGACAGAAAUAAAAAUGUGUUGGGAACGAGAUCAGAAGGUAAAAUGAUCUCAGGAUCGCAACCUCUCAAAAACUUUACGUUGAGACUGCAAGAUAAUGUAUCUCAGGAUCUUAACAUAGCACUUUGAAAUAUGGUGAUUGUAUUAUCUUAGGAUCCUUUGUGACAGUACCUUGGUACAUUUGUCUGGUCAAAAAAAAAAUAAACAGUUUCCUCUGUUACUGAA